AUGUUUAAAGGAUUUACUAACGAACUAAAAACCAAAAUAGAGCAAUUCAACCGAAACAACUCAAAAAGAUUUAUUUUCUGUUUUAGUGAUUUACAAGAAAGUUCAGACCGAGGGAGUGAUAGCUAUGGAGAUAAAGAAUUAAAAUUUGAUAUUAUCUCCCCUGAAUUACGGAAAAAAUUAGAAAAUGAAGUGGGAGUAUCUAAUCCGACGGCGAUUAAGUUUGUUGAUUCUCUUAUGCAUACAAGCGAAAAUAUUUUUUCUGCUCCCUCUCCAUCAGUUUCUACUUACCUUAAACUUAGCGGAAUUAAUAAAUAUGACAUUUGA